AGCUCUGCCCUCGCCCGCCGGCUUCCCUUCACCUCGGCCUCGAUGCCAGGCCAGUUUGACCAGGCGGUUGUGCUCAACCAGCUGCGAUACUCGGGCAUGUUGGAGACGGUGAGGAUCCGCAAGGCCGGCUACGCCGUGCGGCAGCCUUUUCAGGACUUCUGCCAAAGGUACAAAGCGCUGAUGCGGAACCUGAUCCCGGCGGAGGACGUGCGCGGCAAGUGCGCCGCCCUGCUGCAGCUCUACGACGCCUCGCACAGCGACUGGCAGCUGGGCAAGACCAAGGUCUUCCUUCGAGAGUCCUUGGAGCAGAAACUGGAGAAGCGGCGAGAGGAGGAGGUGACUCGGGCGGCCAUGGUGAUCCGGGCACACAUCGUGGGCUACGUGGUGCGAAAGCAGUACCGGAAGGUCCUUUGCUGCGUGGUGGUCAUCCAGAAGAAUUUCAGGGCCUUCCUCCUGAGGAGGCGGUUCCUGCACCUGAGGAGGGCGGCCAUCAUUCUGCAGAAGCAGCUCCGAGGCCAGGUGGCGAGGAAGGCCUUCAGGCAGCUGCUGGCCGAGAAGCGGGAGCAGGAGGAGCGGAGGAAGCGCCAGGAGGAGGAGGAGAGAGAGCGAGAGAGAGCGCGCAGGGAAGCCGAGGUCCGAGCCCAGCAGGAGGAAGAGGCGCGGAAGCAGCGGGAGCUGGCCGCCUGGCAGCAGCGCCGGGAGCUGGAGAAGCAGAAGGAGAACAAGCAGGUGGAGGAGAUCCUGCGGCUGGAGAAGGAGAUCGAGGACCUGCAGCGCAUGAAGGAGCAGCAGGAGCUGUCGCUGACCGAGGCCUCCCUGCAGAAGCUGCAGCAGCUGCGUGACGAGGAGCUGCGGCGGCUGGAGGACGAGGCCUGCCGGGCCGCCCAGGAGUUCCUGGAAUCGCUCCACUUCGACGAGAUCGACGCGUGCGUGCGCGACAUCGAGCGCUCGCUCUCCGAGGGCGGUGGCGGCGAGCCGGGCGCGGGCGGCGACGGGCCCUGCUUCAACUUCAGCCAGCCGUACCCCGAGGAGGAGGUGGACGAGGGCUUCGAGGCAGACGACGACGCCUUCAAGGACUCCCCCAACCCCAGCGAGCACGGCCACUCGGACCAGAGGACCAGCGGCAUCCGGACCAGCGACGAGUCGUCCGAGGAGGACCCAUACAUGAACGACACCAUGGUCCCCGGCCGUCCUGCCCCGCAUGGCCCCGCCCCAUUGGCCCCACCCCCUGCGGACACUGUCAGCCUGCAGCCCUCUUCCAGCGAGGGCUCCACCUACUGCCUCCCCCAGACCCCCGGGGACCUGCCCUCCCCGGACAGGGACUGCCACUACGACCAGGAUGAUUACGAGGACGGCGCUGUCACUUCCAGCAGCAGCCAGUGGUCCCCAGACUACCGCUGCUCCGUGGGCACCUACACCAGUUCCGGGGCGUACCGCUUCAGCUCAGAAGGUGCCCAGUCCUCUUUUGAAGACAGUGAAGAGGACUUCGACUCUCGGUUUGACACAGAUGACGAGCUCUCCUACCGGCGGGACUCUGUGUACAGCUGCGUCACACUGCCUUACUUCCACAGCUUCCUGUACAUGAAAGGUGGCCUGAUGAACUCCUGGAAGCGCCGCUGGUGCGUCCUCAAGGACGAGACCUUCCUGUGGUUCCGCUCCAAGCAGGAGGCCCUCAAGCAAGGCUGGCUGCACAAGAAGGGCGGGGGCUCGUCCACGCUGUCCCGCAGGAACUGGAAGCGACGCUGGUUUGUGCUCCGUCAGUCCAAGCUGAUGUACUUUGAAAACGACAGCGAGGAGAAGCUCAAGGGCACCGUGGAAGUCCGGACGGCCACCGAGAUCGUGGACAACACCAGCAAAGAGAACGGCAUCGAUAUCAUCCUGGCUGACAGGACCUUCCACCUGAUCGCCGAGUCUCCGGAAGAUGCCAGCCAGUGGUUCAGUGUACUGAGCCAGGUCCACGCGUCCACGGACCAGGAGAUCCGCGAGAUGCAUGAUGAGCAGGCGAACCCACAGAAUGCCGUGGGCACGUUGGACGUGGGGCUGAUAGAUUCUGUGUGCGCCUCGGACAGUCCCGAUAGGCCCAACUCGUUUGUGAUCAUCACGGCCAACCGCGUGCUGCACUGUAAUGCCGACACGCCGGAGGAGAUGCACCACUGGAUCGCGCUGCUGCAGCGGUCCAAGGGAGACACCCGGGUAGAGGGCCAGGAGUUCAUCGUCAGAGGGUGGCUGCACAAAGAAGUGAACAACAGCCCCAAGAUGACUUCACUGCGACUGAAGAAGCGGUGGUUUGUGCUAACCCACAAUUCCUUGGAUUACUACAAGAGCUCGGAGAAGAAUGCCAUGAAAUUGGGCACCUUGGUCCUUAACAGCCUCUGCUCAGUCGUCCCACCAGAUGAGAAGAUAUUCAAAGAGACAGGCUACUGGAAUGUCACCGUGUAUGGGCGCAAGCACUGCUACCGACUCUACACCAAGCUGCUCAACGAGGCCACCCGGUGGUCAAGCGCCAUCCAAAAUGUGACGGAUACCAAGGCCCCGAUUGACACUCCCACCCAGCAGCUGAUCCAGGAUAUCAAGGAGAACUGCCUGAACGCAGACGUGGUGGAGCAGAUUUACAAGCGGAACCCCAUCCUGCGCUACACCCACCACCCGCUGCACUCGCCGCUACUGCCUCUGCCCUACGGGGACAUCAAUCUGAACCUGCUCAAAGACAAAGGCUACACGACGCUGCAGGAUGAGGCCAUCAAGGUCUUCCACUCCCUGCAGCAACUGGAAUCCAUGUCAGACCCCGUUCCCAUCAUCCAGGGCAUCCUCCAGACGGGGCAUGACCUCCGCCCACUGCGAGACGAGCUCUACUGCCAGCUCAUCAAGCAGACCAACAAGGUGCCCCAGCCGGGCAGCGUGGGCAACCUGUACAACUGGCAGAUUCUGACCUGCCUGAGCUGCACACUCCUGCCCAGCCGGGGGAUCCUCAAGUACCUCAAGUUCCACCUUAAGAGGAUCCGGGAGCAGUUCCUGGGAACUGAGAUGGAAAAGUACGCCCUCUUCAUUUACGAAUCUCUCAAGAAAACUAAAUGCAGAGAGUUUGUGCCUUCCCGGGAUGAGAUCGAAGCUCUGAUCCAGAGGCAGGAAAUGACCUCCACAGUGUACUGCCACGGCGGCGGCUCCUGCAAGAUCACCAUCAACUCCCACACCACGGCUGGGGAGGUGGUGGAGAAGCUGAUCAGAGGGCUCGCCAUGGAGGACAGCAGGAACAUGUUUGCCUUGUUUGAGAACAACGGGCACCAUGACAAAGCCAUCGAGAGCCGGACCAUCGUGGCUGACGUGUUAGCAAAGUUUGAAAAGCUGGCCGCCACGUCGGACGCGGGGGACGCCCCAUGGAGAUUCUACUUCAAACUGUACUGUUUCUUGGACACGGAUCACGUGCCAAAGGACAGCGUGGAGUUCGCGUUCAUGUUUGAACAGGCCCACGAGGCGGUGAUCCACGGCCACUACCCGGCCCCAGAGGAGAACCUGCAGGUGCUGGCCGCCCUGCGCCUCCAAUACCUGCAGGGGGACCACGGCCCGCAAGCCCCCACCCCCGCCUUGGAGGAGCUUUACCCACUGCAGCGGCUGCGGGCCCGCAUCAGCCAGUCCACCAAGGGCUUCACGCCGGCGGGCGGCGAGCGGCUGGAGAAGCGGCGGGCCAGCUUCCUGGAGGGGACCCUGCGGCGCAGCUUCCGCCCGGCUGUGGCACAGCGGCAAAGGGCGGAGGAGGAGCAGAUGGUGGACAUGUGGGUGAAAGAGGAGGUGUCCUCCACUCGGGCCAGCAUCCUCGACAAGUGGAAGAAACUCCAGGGCCUGAGCCAGGAGCAGGCCAUGGCCAAGUACAUGGCGGUCAUCAAGGAGUGGCCCGGCUACGGCUCCACACUCUUUGACGUGGAGUGCAAGGAAGGCGGCUUCCCCCAGGAGCUGUGGCUGGGCGUCAGCGCGGACGCGGUCUCCGUGUACAAGCGGGGGGAGGGGAGGCCCCUGGAAGUCUUCCAGUACGAGCACAUCCUCUCCUUUGGGGCCCCACUGGCCAAUACCUACAAGAUCGUCGUGGACGAGCGCGAGCUGCUCUUUGAAACCAGCGAGGUGGUGGACGUGGCCAAGCUCAUGAAGGCCUACAUCAGCAUGAUCGUGAAGAAGCGCUACAGCACGGCGCGCUCCGUCAGCAGCCAGGACAGCGCCAGGUGAAGCGGCGGGCGGCCCCACCAAGCCGCCGUCCAUCUGCCCAACCGACUGAGCACACGGCACGGCCGCCGGACUCUGCGGAGUCCCGAGCGGCUCCCGGCCCCGCCACCCUCGGCGAGCCACCCUCCUCACAGUCUGCACAAUUUCCAAAGCUUUAGUACUCUUCGAGGGGCCGUGCCUUAAAAAAAGAACGAGGAAACAUGAACCCCACGCUGCCGCCAAAGCAGCCCGAAGUGCCUUAACCCGGGGAACGCCACUCACGGGCCUUCCACUGAUGCUAUUGCAGGGCAGGAGCGAGCUGGGAAGGGGCGUGUCCGCCUCCUUACGCACAGCCCUCCCAGCCUGGCCACCUUGGCUGAGGGCUGGGGGGAGAGGGAGUCGUGGGGGUCGGAGAGGAGCCGGAGUGCUGCAGGCAGCCUUCCUGGACGCAUGUUCACUUUGUUCUUGCAUUUCCCAUGGCUCGGUGCCCGCCUGUGUGCACGCAUGCCAUAAGCGCGCCCCCAUGACCCCAUCUCCCGCACAGUCAAAGCAGGGGUGGGCUGCGUGGUCUAAUGCUUCCGAGCCCCAGCGCAGCAGGCCGCCCUCUGACGCGGGAGUCUUCUCUGCUUCCAACGGCACCUUUGGACAACGGUGUCUGCUGUCUUCUAAGCCCGCUGCACCUACCGGCCUCACCACCACGGCCGCCUGCAGCAUCACAGAGUCACGAUGGAGGCCGCCUUCUCAAGGAGCGGAGUCAAAUGCCAGUACCUGGGUCUACUGGCAGCUUAGAGCUGGGCCAUCUCACUGUAUCGAUUACAAGAGGGCCAGGUGAACGGUGGUCGGAAGACGCUGCGCUCCUUGUGGGAGCAAGCCUUUCAAGGACCCCGGCAUGAAUCGGUGAGCCCUGAGUAGACACAGCUUUUAGCUCGAGGUCGCACGGGUGGUCUGAACAAAGUGCCCCGUGCCACGCCCAUGACCAGGAGAGAAACCUGCCGGUCUUAGGCAUCUAUUUUUAUAUGGAGAAAGCAAUCGUAAAGGUUCAGCCAACCAAGUCUCACCACAGGGAAACAAAAUUCUGCCUUAGCCCUUUUGGACAAGUGCGCAAAAUCAUGUUUGUUGGCUCAAAAGAAAAUCUAGCAAUAAACAAUAUUAACUAA